GCAUCUGCACAGGGGAUGUUGUCCUGCUCUGGAGGUGUGUUGCCAGCUGUUUCCAGUUUCCAGUUUGACAUCUACAGGAAGGUGCCCAAGGACCUCACACAGCCCACCUACACCGGGGCCAUCAUUUCCAUCUGCUGCUGCCUCUUCAUCCUCUUCCUCUUCCUCUCGGAACUCACCGGCUUCAUCACGACAGAAGUUGUGAACGAGCUCUACGUCGAUGACCCGGACAAGGACAGCGGGGGCAAGAUUGACGUCAGCCUGAACAUCAGUUUGCCCAACCUGCACUGCGAACUGGUCGGGCUGGACAUCCAGGACGAGAUGGGCCGGCACGAGGUGGGCCACAUCGACAACUCCAUGAAGAUCCCGCUCAACAACGGGGUGGGCUGCCGCUUCGAGGGGCAGUUCAGCAUCAACAAGGUACCUGGCAACUUCCACGUGUCCACACACAGUGCCACGGCCCAGCCACAGAACCCAGACAUGACGCACAUCAUCCACAAGCUGUCCUUUGGGGAUACACUACAGGUCCAGAAUGUCCACGGAGCUUUCAAUGCCCUUGGGGGAGCCGACAGACUCAACUCCAACCCCCUGGCCUCCCACGACUACAUCCUGAAGAUCGUGCCCACGGUUUACGAGGACAAGAACGGCAAGCAGCGGUACUCCUACCAGUACACGGUGGCCAACAAGGAGUAUGUCGCCUACAGCCACACGGGCCGCAUCAUCCCCGCCAUCUGGUUCCGCUAUGACCUCAGCCCCAUCACGGUCAAGUACACCGAGAGGCGGCAGCCGCUGUACAGGUUCAUCACCACGAUCUGCGCCAUCAUUGGUGGGACCUUCACUGUGGCGGGCAUCCUGGACUCCUGCAUCUUCACAGCCUCCGAGGCCUGGAAGAAGAUCCAGCUGGGCAAGAUGCAUUGACACCCUCCAAGGACCCAGGGAGGCUGCCCUGCCCUGCUCCGUCGCCCUGGCUCCUGUGGCCCUCUCCCGGCCCUGUCUGGCUUCCUCCCAGCCUGCGCGUGGGAGGCGGGGAGGCGAGAGUGGCUCGAGGUCCCUCAGCUACCUCUUUCCCCGUGUUUCAUUUUAGAUAAAUUACACUGCCUAGAGUCGUGGUGUUCCUUUCCUGGGGAGCCCCAAGACCAGAGUCAGGCAAGGGGAUGCUUUAAGAUGUUGGGAUCCCCUCCUGGGAGGGCUGUGGCCCCUUGCUUCCGAGAGAACAGUCCAGCAUCCCCUGGCCAGCUGCCAUCCAGGCUUUGACAAUCUUGCAGCCCCGCCAUGUGGACACACUGAUCGCCUGGUGUCUCUCUGGGCAGCUAUGGUAGGCUCUCAGCCUUGGGACCAGCCUGCCCACAGGCCCUCCCACCUGGCGCCGUCCACCCAGAACGGCACUUUCCAGGCCAGCCCCUGAGAUUUGGCGCUGUAGCUGGAACUCUCCCUUCUGCCCUGUCCCUCCUGCCCCAACUGGAGCCCAGGCUCAGGUCCUUGUCCCCACCCCUGUCCUGUUCUUCCAAGAAGCAGAUGCCCGUUUGUUUGGCAGCAGCCAGCGGUGGGGUCUCAGAUCUGCCCACUGGUCACAGGAGGGUCACAGAUUUCCCUUCCUCUCCUGUCCUUGUCCCUCUGAACCUCCCACCAUUGUGCCUCGGCCUCUGUGCUGUGUGGCAAGGGCAUUUCUUGGUGGAGGGGCUGGUUCCCCCUGCCAGGCGCCCCCACUGUCCUGUUGGAAUCUGCAGUGGUGGGGUGGGGUCUCAUGUGGGAAGUUGCCCUUGAAGCGCAGAUAGUCAUGGUUUACAUACUGUCCAGACAGAAGCAUCCUUCCUGCAACCCUCAGAGGAGGACAUCUUGGCCUCUCCCAGACAGCCACCUCUGGCCCCAAGGCCUUAGCUGGGGGAGCAAAGCAAACCAGCCUGUCUCCGCCCUGCAGGCCUCCACCUGGGGUGCCCGAGAGUCCCAGGACUUGGACCUCUUCAGCGUGGUUCUGGCCCACUUGCCAUCAGCUGCCCACACCCUAAUAUGUUCCUAGCCCCUGGGGUUGCCCAGUGUCCCCCAACUCCUUCUGAGGUGGGUCCCCAAUCCAUGAUCCCCCUCAUCCUUCCCUUUGGGUCCUGAGAGGGAAGGCCAGUGGUCCACACAUGAAUUCCACCCAGGGAAUUCUAGCUAUGCCCUCCAACCCACAGAGCCCCGCCUGUUUCCCAGUUUGUAUGGAGAUUGUUUGCAUACUUUUGUAAUGAAUGGGGAGUUUCCAGUAGAAAGAUUUUUUAAAUUAUCUAUAUGGAUAGCUCAAGUCUCUGCCAUUUGUAAUUUUUGGCUCCGAAUUCCAAUGAGCAAAGUUUCCCCUUUUGCAUAUGAGUUGAUGUGUGUGUAAGCUGCCUUUGGUUAUUUCUGUUUUCUGUGGCCACUUGGAUGGAUUUUUUUUUUAAUCAUUCCAUUCCCAGUUAUGGAAAGGAAUCCCUUUGGUGUAUGAAUCCCGGAGCCCCAUGGAGGCUGGUAGGGUGGGGCGGGUGGGAGAUGUGAGCCCACGUUUAUGCGUUUUUUUAAAAAACUCUGAGCACAUGGGGGACAUCAGUUUCCUAUGGAAGGUCGGUUUCCUCUGACUUGUUAUUCUUAUAAACAAAAUCUCAAGGGAAAAAAAAAUGUUUUCUUUCCCCACUCAUAGCGUUCAAAUAGAUUAUUAAAAGGCUGAUUUUCAGAAGUA